CAUUCCCACUUUCACCAUGUGUCGUCUCAGUGGGAAUCUCCUGGCACCGCCGUGAUGAUCUGCAUCUCCACUGCUACAAAUAACAGAUUUGUUGGUACAGUCAGUGAGGCUGCGUGUGGAUCUGAUUCUGCAGUUACAUUUCAACAGCAGGUAGCCUUUGCUGAAAGGUAGCCUGUUGUCUGUGUCAGUCACAGCUGAUAGAGACGUGGAUUGGCUUGUUUCAGCCUGAGGGGCUCCAAGCCCCUCCUCUCUAUUAAGACUGCCUGUGCGGCGCUUGUUGCAGUGAGCGCGGAGGUUUGUGCGCUCUCAGGUUACGCGUGAGAAGUUGUGGACAAGAGACUGAAGGCACCAAUGUACUGAGAGUAGGAGGAAAGUAGAAACUCACUUCCAUCGUUUCACUUUUUUACCGUUUAAGCUGGGGAAAUACAGCGGAGCCCUCGGACACCGGUGAGAUAAAGCACCUAAACGAGUUUGUGGUUUUUAACUGAGACCACGCAUACCCAACAGUAUGCGGUGCAGUUAUGGCAGGCAAGGGUAAGACAGUCGUGAGGACGCUGGAGGAUUUAACGCUUGAUUCUGGUUAUGGUGGAGCCGCGGACUCGGUCAGGUCGUCCAGCGUGUCGCUGUGCUGCUCCGACACGCAUCAGUCCGUCUCGCAUGGGGGAAACUGCUGGCAUCUGACGGAAUCCAUGCACAGCAGACAAAACAGUUUGGACACAGUGAACACAGUCCUGGCGGAGGACACGGAGAUACUGGAGUGCUCGGGUCAGUGCGCCAAGCUGCCCGAGCUGGAGGACGCGCCAUGGAGUCUCGGAGAGGUGGAGGGCGCACUGAGGAAAGACGAGGAGCUGAUGGUCGGCAGCCCGUCUCCGGAGGUCCUGGCGCGACUUUCGGCUCUCAUCAGCCGCGCGCUGGUGAGGGUAGCCCGCGAGGCGCAGCGACUCAGCUUGCGCUACGCCAAGUGCACCAAGCAUGAGAUCCAGAGUGCCAUCAAGGUGGUGCUCUCAUGGACCAUCUCUGUCAACUGCAUCACGGCGGCUCUCAGCGCCCUGUCCCUCUACAACAUGAGCACCGGGGACAAGUUCAGCAGAGGGAAGUCUGCGCGCUGCGGACUGGUCUUCUCCGUGGGGAAGUUCUUCAGGUGGAUGGUAGAUAGUCGGGUGGCCCUGAGGAUCCACGAACACGCUGCCAUAUACCUCACGGCCUGUAUGGAGAGUCUGUUCAGAGAGGUGUUCAGCCGUGUGUUGCGCAGCGCGCUGGUGGAAAGGGACAACGGCAUCCCCAAGUUUACGCUGGAAUCACUGGAGCAAGCCAUCAACAACGACUCGGAGGUCUGGGGUCUGCUGCAACCCUACCAGCACCUCAUAUGUGGCAAGAAUUCAAGUGGUGUGUUGAGCCUGCCAGAGAGUUUAAACCUGCACCGGGACCAGCAGCGCUCAGGGAGGGGCAGCGAGGGUCACGGCUACACCCAGGCUGAACUCCGCACGCUGGAACAGUCACUGCUUGCAACCAGGGUGGGCAGUAUCGCUGAGCUGAGUGAUUUAGUAUCUCGGGCCAUGCACCACCUCCAGCCGCUUCACAUCAAGAACUCCAGUAAUGGUACCCCAGUCCACCAGAAGACCAACACCACAGUGCACUGGGAGCCUGAAGCCCUUUAUACUCUGUGUUACUUCAUGCACUGCCCACAGAUGGAAUGGGAGAACCCAAACGUUGAGCCCUCCAAAGUCACCUUACAGACUGAGAGGCCAUUUCUUGUGCUGCCUCCUUUGAUGGAGUGGAUUCGAGUGGCGGUCGCUCAUACUGAACAUCGACGGAGCUUCUCUGUGGACAGUGAUGAUGUGAGGCAGGCUGCCAGGCUGCUGCUACCUGGGGUGGACUGUGAACCACGACAAAUAAAAGCCGAGGAUUGUUUCUGUGCCACCAGGAAGCUGGAUGCAGCCUCCACAGAGGCAAAGUUCCUGCAGGAUCUGGGCUUCAGGAUGCUGAAUUGCGGACGGACGGACCUGGUCAAGCAGGCGGUCAACCUGCUGGGACCUGAUGGCAUUAACAGCAUGAGUGAACAGGGAAUGACCCCUCUGAUGUAUGCCUGUGUUCGUGGUGAUGAGGCCAUGGUUCAGAUGCUGCUUGACGCCGGAGCUGAUAUCAACAGCGAGGUGCCAAGCACAGUAAACAAGCACCCCUCAGUUUAUCCUGAAACGCGCCAGGGGACGCCACUCACAUUCGCAGUGUUACAUGGACACGUCCCUGUCGUGCAGUUGUUGCUGGAUAAUAGAGCGAAUGUGGAGGGCGCCCUGCAGGAUGGGGCUGAGAACUACACAGAGACGCCUCUGCAACUGGCUGCUGCAGCGGGUAACUUUGAGCUGGUGAGUUUGCUGUUGGAACGAGGGGCGGACCCCAUGAUUGGGACUAUGUGUCGAAAUGGCAUCUCCUCAGCUCCUCUAGGAGACAUGAACUCAUACAGCCUGGCAGCAGCUCACGGCCACAGGAAUGUCUUUCGGAAGCUCCUGUCCCAGUCGGAGAAGGAAAAGGGGGAUGUGUUGUCCCUGGAAGAGAUUCUGGCUGAGGGAUCAGAUCAUGGGGAGAAGAGACUGGCCCCCCAGGCCAACGGUGGAGGGACUCUGCGAACAGGCGUUCCCUGGACCCUGCACACCUGGCUCGAGUCCCUGCGUACCUGUUAUAUCCAGCACCGCCGGCCGCUGAUCCAGGGCCUGCUCAAAGACUUCAGCUGCAUCCAGGAGGAGGAGUACACGGAGGAGCUGAUCACACACGGCCUUCCACUCAUGUUCCAGAUCCUUCGAGCCAGCAAGAAUGAGGUGAUAAGCCAACAGCUGUCAGUCAUUUUCACUCAGUGCUAUGGGCCCUUUCCCAUCCCUAAGCUGACAGAGAUGAAGAAGAAACAGACCUCACGCUUAGACCCUCACUUCCUUAAUAACAAGGAGAUGUCUGAUGUUACUUUCCUGGUGGAGGGGAAACCAUUUUAUGCACACAAAGUUUUGCUGUUUACAGCUUCACCCAGGUUCAAGUCUUUACUCCAAAAUCGACCUGCAGCAGAGAACACCUGUAUUGAGAUCAGCCAUGUCAAGUACAGUAUAUUCCAUCUUGUCAUGCAGUAUCUGUAUUUUGGAGGCACUGAGGCUUUGCACAUACGGAACACUGAAGUCAUGGAGCUUUUGUCUGCAGCAAAAUUCUUCCAACUAGAGGCCCUUCAGAGACACUGUGAGAUCAUCUGCUCCAAGAACAUCACCACUGAGACCUGUGUGGACCUCUACAAACAUGCCAAGUUCCUUGGUGCUACAGAGCUAACAGCUUUCAUCGAAGGUUAUUUCCUGAAGAACAUGGUGCUGCUGAUUGAACUCGAGUCCUUCAAGCAGCUGCUGUAUGAACCUCUCCCUGCUGAGAGUCCAGCAUCCAGCCCCGGCAUCUGCUCCGACAUCCUUCACGAUCUGGAGAAAACUCUGGCCACACGCAUCCACUCCAUUCAUCUGUCCACCUCCAAGGGCUCUGUGGUGUGACAUUGUCUUUUCCAGAGUCUACAGAUCCAGCCACAGCAUCCAUGUAACACCAUAUUUAACAUCCAGUGUCCUGCUCUACAGCCUGUCCACCUGUCCUGCCCUGCUGCUGAAGGGGAGCUGUUGGAUGUCGUUAUGUCAGGGAUUCCCUUUAAUUCUGCCUGUUGCAGGUCCCUGAGGGGACAUAAUUUUGACAUACAUGACAAAAUCAGAGAGAACUUUCUCAACUUGUCAGAGGCUCGACCUCUGUUGUCUGUUGGCUCCCACUGAUCAUUUCACACCUCUCACAGUAAGUGAAACUGUAAAAAAAAAAAAGGACUAACUUCAAUCAACAGUAUCACUUAGACUUUCUAUUGUAUUUCAUAUGGGAAUCAUGCAUGAAAUACAUACUGUACAUUUUUUUUGCUUAAAAAGGUAGGUUAGAAUUUUAACUCAAUAAAAGCAGCUUUUAUGUCAUCGCUACUAUGAGACUUUGGUUUACAAAUAACAUCACUUUAUGGAAGUGGAUGCCAUUUCAGUCACCUACAAUAUAAAGUCUGACACAUGCCAAAAUAUUAUCCUACUAUACAAUUAAUAAAAGUUACAAUAAGAGUGAGUAGUAGCAAUGCCAGCAGACAGACUUUAGUUGGACUGAACUUACUCGUAUUUUGUUCUGUCACAUCCAUGUUGGAUACGUUUCACUGUGUUAUCCACUGUGUACAAAGGCCAAACUGAUCACAAGAACUUCCACCGACACUGGCCAACACUGCAGUGCUGAUUAAGCUGAAGACGGUCCACUCAGUGAAAUCUAUGCUAACAUACGUUUGAAACAUGGUUGUCCAACUGGGAAACUGACUCCAUGAACACUGUCUACUUUUGCAUGACACCUCCUCAACUGAGCUGCCCUGAUCUUGCUUUUUAUGCAGAGCUUACUUCACAGACAACUUUGACAAAGGGAAGUAAGGAAAACGCUGCUUAUCAACUUUCUACUCACUGCAAAACAGACUUAGCAGGCUUGAAGAUGGACUUCGAUGGCAGGGACUCUUUGAGAUAUUUAAAGCAAAGUGUAAAUACAUCCUGAAAGUCGUUGUGCUGGUCGUUCCUUUUUGUAAGCUGAUGUACAGUAUUCUCCUACACUCGCUUGGCUGACAACAGCAGUCUCAUUGAAUGUGCUCCCUGAACAGUUUGUUCUAGUUGUAUGUCUCUGUUUAUGCAAAGUUGCAUGUUUUAUGUGUUCAUAUAAAUCCCCUGUUUUGCUUUAGAUGUGCUUUUUGUGUAGAUUGGUAGGGCUGAGUAGGGUGUUAAUUGCUCUGAAACCUGUUGAAGUCCAGUCAAAUUAUUUUUUUCCCCACAAAUUAUUUUAGCUCUUUCUGAUGCAUUCCAAACUACCAGGGUUGUAGAAACACUUUCCAUUUAAGUCUUUACCUCCGCUCCUUCACCUCACUCUCUUUCAGUUUUAAAAGGACCAAAUAUUCAGAAUGAUCAGACAUGCUGUAUAAAUGAUUCACAUGCUUGGAGUUUAAAAGAAACACAAUGAACUAGAGGUAUUUUAACACAGGCCAGUUUGACUUGUAAUCAUCUACCACACACACACACACACACACACACACACACACAGUACAUCGCAAUUUAAAAAGAAAUCAUGCAACUUAAUAUGAAUGUAUCACUGCAGCAAGAUUAUUAUUUACAAAAUGUGCAAUGUCGCCAGGUCAGCAACAAACCAAAAAAGGAUGUUUCCCUCUGUUUUCCAGUGAUUUGCAAUGCAAAUGUCUUGAAAGUGUCCUCAUAUUUUGUGGUGGUUGUCCUUCAAAAGAAAGAUUAAUCCUAUAACAGUACAAAUAAUGUUGUAGCACACUCAAAAUUACAUAAACAUUUAUCUUGGGCCAAAACACUUAAAGAGAAAGUCUAUAGGAAUAUAGGAGUUGAUUUUCAGUUCUGUAAAUAGUUACAGAAAAGGAAAUAUAUUAUUAUUUUCUUAUCUACAUGCAUAGCACUAUAUAUUUUAUUUUACAUUCCACAGAUAUUUUGUUUUACAAAAGUGAAAAAGGUUAUAUAAAAAGAUGUGUUAAAGUUUUAGCAAUAUUUCCAUAUGAGUGUAUCACUUUGAGUAGUAUUAUUUAGUAACAUGCCACAGAAUCUAUAAAUGUGAAAUGAAAUACAUAAACAAAAGGCUGACUGAAAAGCAUGAUUAUACUGUUUAUAUUUUUAUCACGUCCAAUAGUAUAGUUUAAUUUCCAAUGUAUAUCACUCAUUUCAAAAGCUAUCAUAAAGAUUUUAAGAGUUAUUAAGCCUAAGUCUGGUUGAGAUUAUUAUUCUUUGCAACAUAUUUAUUUGGCUUUGGACUGAGUCCUACACUUGCCCAUAUAUGAAUUGAAACACCUGCUAUUUAACUGUGCAAUGUAACUAACGAGUCAAACCCUUUUCUCUCCAUGGGGGUAAAGAGGUUCAUAAUGAUGUCAAGCACUUUUUGUGCCAGUGUUACUGUAGCCUUGCCGUCAUGAGCAUUAGUAUGUUAAGAGUGAGCUUAACUUGAAGUCUUAUUGUGAUCCAUCAAGACUUCAAACUUGUCUUUUUUACUAGUCCUAAUGUUAUGCCAUUAGAAAAAGACAAAGUUUAGUUUACCCCUUAACUGCCGCUUUUGAUUCUAAACUGGGUCAAAGCAUAAGAGUAAAUGUAGAGUAAAUGUCGGUUCGCAUGGCUCUUCUUGUUUAAUGUUGUUGAGAAUGUGCUCUGUACACCAGCUUUGUCUAACGAGACUCUCCCCUUACUUUGUCUGAGCAUUUAUUUGCCUGCAUAUUUGUUCCUGGUAAGAAACAUUUCUUCUACCUAGAUGCAGUGGAAACAUGCAUGGGAUAAUGACAAAAUUUCAAAUCCAAGGGGGUAACUUUUGCUAUUUUUUUUUCCUUGUACAAAAUAUAUAUAUAUAUAUGAGAUAUAAAUUAUACAUGGUGUGAGAAGCAGGGAUGUGGUUGAGUCUAACAACAACAAGGAAUGUUACACUCGUGCUGCAGUUCUGUUGUUCCAUGACAUGCUUUUGUGGACAGCUAAUAAACGACCACAGUUUAAACCAUGAA